AUGGCUGACAAUCUUGAUCUUAUUUUCUUCUUCUUCUUUCUUCUUCUUCUUCCUCAUUACCCCUUUUCUGCGUUCGCUCAAAUUUACAGUAAUGUGAGCUUGGGCGAAUCUCUCUCUGCUGGGGGUAGAAGUAGAACCACUUCAUGGCUUUCUCCUUCAGGUGAAUUUGCGUUUGGGUUCCAAUCUAUCAACAAUACGGAUGAUGCCUUCUUGCUUGCCAUCUGGUAUGACAAAAUACCUGACAAAACUAUAAUUUGGUAUGCAAAUGGAGAUACACCAGCACCUAGAGGAUCAAAACUUCAGUUUACCAUUGAUGGUAACCUCCAGCUCAAUAACCCUCAAGGAGAAGAGAUAUGGAGGGCUCAAUCCAUUCUUGGUGUCGUCACCUAUGCUGCAAUGCUUGACACUGGUAACUUUGUGCUUGUGGAUAGAAGAAACUCUGUUCAUAGAUGGGAGAGCUUCAAAAACCCAAGUGACACCAUCCUCCCUUCCCAGAUUUUAGAACCGGGUAGCAUGCUUUCUUCUCGACAAUCAACCAACUACUUCAGAGGAAGGUUCCAACUCCGCGUGCUUACUGAUGGUAAUCUCGUUCUGAAUACUGUAGCAUUACCAACCAACUACGCCUAUGAUGCUUAUUAUGCAAGCAACACUUCUGGUUCUGGUUAUCGAGUUCUGUUCGAUGAGAGUACAGCCAUCAUUUCUAUUCAAUGCCGUUAUGGAAUCACAUCAUGGGACCUCACAGUUGGGAGCAUACCUUCGAUCAAAACCCAUUACCACAGAGCAACCAUUGAUUUUAAUGGUGUUUUCACGCAAUAUGCUCGUCCAAAGAUGACUUCCAGCAGCAAUGGGAAUGAAAGUUGGUCCAUCGUCUGGUCUAUUCCUGAUGACAUAUGUUUUUUUAAUAGUCAGGAUGUGGGCGAAGGGAUUUGCGGCUAUAACAGCAUUUGCAGGAUUGUGCAAAAUCGACCUGUUUGUGAAUGUCCAACUAAAUAUACGUUUGUUGAUCCAAAUAAUAAAUUGAGUGGCUGCAAACCUGACUUCAAUUUACAAGGAUGCUACGAUAAUGGAUCAGGACGAUCCCCUGAGAUUCUUUAUAGAAUGGAGGAGUUGCUUGACACAGAUUGGCCUUCUUCAGGGGUCUAUCAAAAGAGGGCACUUUAUACUGAAUCAGAAUGCCAAAAGGCUUGCUUGUAUGAUUGUCAAUGUGCAAUUGCCAACUUCAGAGAUGGGAACUGUUUGAAGAAGAGCCUACCAGUUAGAAAUGGGAGACACAAGAGUGGUGUAAAUGUGAAGGCUUUCCUCAAAGUCUCAGCUGGUAAUAAUACCUACAGAAAUCCUAAUCCUCCUUCGGUUCCAGUAGAUGAUAAUCCUGGGUGUUCAAAUCCUAAUGUAGAGAAGAAAGAUCGAUGUUUGUUCAGUGUUGUUGCAGCUGUGCUAUUAGGUAGCUCAAUAUUUUUCAAUUUAAUUUUUCUAGCUGCAAUUUUUAUGGUGGUCUUGAUGUACCACAAGAAAGUAAAAGAAAAGGUACAAAAACCAAGUUCUUUUGAAACAAAUCUACAUUCUUUUACUUACAAAGACCUGGAGGAAGCUACAGAUGGAUUCAAGAAUGAGCUGGGAAGGGGAGCUUUUGGUGUUGUCUAUAAAGCGUUCUUAGGUUUGGAUUCUAAACUUGUAGCUGUAAAAAAGCUUAACAAAGUGGUACAAGAUGGAGAUAAGGGGUUUAAGACUGAAUUGAGAACGAUUGGCCAGACCCAUCAUAAGAAUCUGGUCAAAUUGGUUGGAUUCUGUGAGGAACAACAGCACAGGCUCUUGGUCUAUGAGUUCAUGAGCAAUGGCAGUUUAGCAAGCUUCCUUUUUGGGACUUCAAGGCCAGAUUGGAACCAACGAACCCAGAUUGCAUUUGGCAUUGCAAGAGGGCUUACGUAUUUGCAUGAAGAGUGCAGUAUCCAGAUAAUCCACUGCGAUAUAAAGCCUCAAAACAUACUUCUGGACGACUGCUAUACAGCAAGGAUUUCUGACUUUGGAUUGGCCAAGCUCUUGAUGACUGAUCAGAGUCGAACUAACACAGCCAUUAGAGGGACCAAAGGCUAUGUUGCUCCUGAGUGGUUCAGGCACAUGCCUAUCACAGUUAAGGUAGAUGUGUACAGCUUUGGUGUCAUGCUAUUGGAGAUCAUUUGUUGUAGGAAAUGUGUUGAACUGGAAAUGGGUGGUGAUGAGAGAGCAAUUCUGACCGAUUGGGCUUAUGAUUGCUAUCGAGAAGGAAGGCUAGAUGCUCUGGUGGAGAAUGAUAUUGAAGCAAUGAAUAAUAUGGGAAGGCUAGAGAGGCUAUUGAAGGUAGCAAUUUGGUGCAUUCAAGAAGAGCCAUCACUGAGACCUACUAUGAGGAAGGUUGUACUGAUGCUAGAAGGAAUUACUGAAGUUUCUGUGCCCCCACACCCUUAUCUUUUCAGUUGUUGAAACUUAAAACAAUUCUCUUUUUCUACAUCCAAUAGGUAAUGUCUCACAACUCCUGUUUUCUUUU